AUGACUGUGGAUGAAGUGGAUAGUAGCUCCGAGUGGAGCAGAGAACAGGAUAAAGCAUUUGAAAAUGCAUUGGCAACUCACCCCGAGGAUGCUUUGGAUCGAUGGGAGAUGAUUGCGGCUGAUGUGCCGGGGAAGACUAUAGAAGAAAUCAAACAGCAUUAUGAACUCUUGGUUGAAGAUGUUAACCAGAUUGAAUCUGGUUGUGUGCCUUUACCAUCUUAUAAUUCUUCUUCAGAGGGCUCAACAAGCCAUGCUAGUGAUGAAGGAGCUGGCAAAAAGGGCAGCGGUCUUGGGAAUUACAACAGUGAGUCUAAUCAUGGAACUAAGGCUUCAAGAUCAGAUCAAGAACGACGGAAGGGGAUUGCUUGGACAGAGGAUGAACACAGGUUAUUUCUUCUGGGCUUGGAUAAGUAUGGGAAAGGUGAUUGGCGAAGCAUAUCAAGGAACUUUGUGGUGACAAGAACACCUACACAAGUUGCAAGCCAUGCCCAAAAAUACUUCAUUCGAUUGAACUCGAUGAACAAAGAUAGAAGACGAUCCAGCAUACAUGAUAUCACCAGCGUUAACAAUGGAGACGUUUCAGCUCCACAAGGACCAAUUACCGGUCAAACGAAUGGUUCUGCCACAAAUUCUACCGCCAAAGCAACCAAACAAGCCACCCCGGCCUCAACCGGGGUGUCAGGAGUUGGAAUAUAUGCUGCUCCUACCAUUGGACAACCUAUAGGAGGACCCUUAGUAUCAGCUGUUGGCACCCCAGUGAACCUUCCUGCACCUGGGCACAUGGCAUAUGGUGUGAGAGCCCCAGUUUCAGGUGCGGUUGUACCUGGUGCACCGGUAAGCAUGGGCCCUGUGACGUACUCUAUGCCGCAUACAUCUGCUCCUCACAGGUGA